AUGUCGGAUCGUAAGAAAAGCUUGAUUCAAACCUAUAACCAAAAGAAGCAUUCUCAAAGUGCUAAUAGCAAUGUGGCGAAGGCGGCCGUAUUAUCCUCAGCAAUGUUAGCACGCAAGAACUCUGUAAUUGGACGAGGUGGGACACAGUUUGGAGCUCGUGAAAGUAUAGCCGCUAUAUCCGACAUGUUAUCAACUCAACAGAAGAAGCAGGUCAAAAAAGUAUAUAUGGAAAAUGAACAAAUGGAAAGAGCAUUAAAGACAGCAUGUAUUAUAUCUUUGAUAACUGUCUGUUUACACACUCCACACACAUUUCAAUUAUUACCAUAUUUAACAUAUAUUGUUCUAUUAGUUGACAUAAUACCUGUUUUAAUAUUUACGGCAGAUAUUGUGUUAAGGAUACAUCACGAAGGAUAUUUUAAGCUAGAUUCAUCCUUUUUACGUGAUCGUUGGUGCCAGUUUGACUUAUUUCUUUCUUGUAUACACUGGUUAUCCUGGAUCCUACAUAUUUAUGAAUUAAUUUCUGUACAGUUUCCAUUUUUGGGUCUAUUUUAUGAGAACUGGUUCGGAGUCAUACGUAGCAUUCGACCUAUUAUUAUAGUUAGAUUAAUUAGGCUUGUUGUUAAAUUUAAAUUGCCUAAGAAUCGAAUAGAACAAUUGUUAAAACGCUCGAGUCAGCAGGUUAAGAAUGUUACUCUUUUUUUUGUUUUCUUCAUGACUUUCUAUGCUAUUAUGGGCAUACAACUGUUUGGAAGAAUGGAUUACCAUUGUGUUGUGCCAACAACUAAUCCUAAUAAUGUGACGAUAGCCGAUUUAGCUAUACCUGAUACUAUGUGUUCGCAGAAGGGAGGUGGUGGAUAUGAAUGUCCUGGAGAAAUGGUUUGUAUGAGAUUGAAUCUGAACGCUAAAUCGGAAGGAUUCUACGGCAUGUUCAACCAUUUCGCUGCUUCUGCGUUCACCGUAUAUUUGGCAGCAUCAGAAGAAGGCUGGGUCUAUGUUCUAUACGAUUGUAUGGAUUCAUUACCCUCUCAUUUAGCUUUUAUUUAUUUCCUGACACUCAUUUUCUUCCUCGCCUGGUUGGUCAAAAAUGUUUUCAUUGCUGUCAUCACAGAAACCUUCGCUGAAAUUCGUGUUCAGUUCAGUGAGAUGUGGCAGAAGAAAGAAGUAGUUCUAGACGAAGACUUCAGACAGAAGUUGGAAAAGACCGAAGACGGUUGGCGAUUGAUUCGCUUAGAUGCCGAAACGGAGGCUGAAGGAAGCAUGCAUAUGAUUCAGAGGUACUUGAGAAGCAUGGCCUUCCAAUGCCUCAUCAUACUUUUUGUUCUAUUGAAUGCUAUAAUCAAUGCUUCAUUUGUUUAUCGUCAUGAUGAGAGUGACAAAAACAGAAAAGUUUAUUAUUAUUAUAUAGAAGUUGGAUUCACUGUCUUGUUUAACGCGGAAUGCUUAAUCAAAAUUCUAUGUUAUGGGUUUAGAAAUUUCAUCAGACGAGGCAUAUUCAAAUUUGAACUUAUUCUAUGUAUUGGAAGCACUUUCAAUGUUUUCAAAUAUUUUUAUGAAAAAAACUAUUUUACAUACUUCCAAGCUUUUCGCCUAUUAAGGUUGAUAAAAGCUUCUCCUAUAUUAGAAGAUUUUGUCUGGAAGAUAUUCAGUCCCGGAAAGAAAUUAGGAGGAUUAGUUAUAUUCACCAUUACCUUUGUUAUCAUUGCUUCUGCCAUAUCAUUGCAGCUAUUUUUCGCUGUUCCCGAUCUUAGCCAUUUCCACACAUUUCCUCAAGCUUUUAUGUCUAUGUUUCAAAUCAUAACCCAAGAAGGUUGGACUGACUUUGUUGUAGAAGUUCUUAGAGCAACAGAUGAUCCCUUAGUUCCUUUUGUGGCAAUUUAUUUUGUGGCAUAUCAUCUUUUCGUCACUUUGAUUGUGCUCAGUUUGUUCGUAGCCGUUAUUUUGGAUAACUUGGAAAUGGACGAAGAACUGAAGAAAGUUAAACAACUGAAGGCUAGAGAAGCCACAACCUCUAUGAGAACAACAUUGCCGUGGAGAUUACGAGUGUUCGAUAAAUUUCCAACAAGACCGCAGAUGGUUCGAAUGAAGAGAGUUGAGGGCGAAUUCCCAAUGCCAAAAGUUCGUGAUAGUUUCACUCAUCAAUUUGCGGAGACUGUCGAUAUCUUAGACUUAAUGGAUUCAGACUUAGAAGAUAGUAAACGGGUACUUCGGAUAGCCAACUCGCCGCAAAAGUAUAAUCAUCAGAAACCAUUAUUCCGUCAUAUUGGAACUGUUUCUUUGAGAUCGUCGAUAGCUAACCUGCUUGAUAAAUCAAGGACAAUGACUGCCAAGUUUCUUCAAAAUACAUUGAGAACGAAGCAACAGUACAUGUAUGGAGAAAAUGGAGACUUGAGCCGCCCUAUGGAUUCUGCUCCCAAAAAGGAGUUGAAGCAAGGAGAAAUUGAUAUAAGAGCUUUACAACAGAAACGACAGUUAGCGGAGAUCACACGAAAUCGUAUUGAAGAAGAUAUGAGAGAAAAUCAUCCCAUGUUUGAUCGUCCUUUAUUCCUUGUAGGAAGAGCUUCAAAGCUAAGAGAGUUCUGCAAAAAAGUAGUUCAUUCGAAAUAUGACAGUCAGGACGAAGGCGGUAAUGGAGCAACUAAGAUAAAAGGAAGCUUCAAGGAAAUCAAAGCCCUCAUUGGUAUCAUGCCCUACUUGGACUGGGGAAUGGUUUUGAUAACGAUACUGUCUUGUAUCUCGAUGUUGUUUGAAAGCCCAUGGCCGACUACGGGAGAAAACCUUGUGAUGAACAACUUUUACCUACAAAUAGCUGAUUACGUGUUUGUGUUGAGCAUGACUUUUGAACUUGCAGUAAAGAUAGUAGCAAACGGAUUGUUCUUCACCCCGAAAGCUGUAGUGCGGGAUGUAGGAGGAGUCAUGACAAUGUUUAUUUACUUUACAAGCCUCUUAUUCCUGUUAUGGAUGCCGAAACAUGUGGAAAUCAAUUCGUUAGCUCAACUAGUGAUGAUCUUCAGAGCAAUGAGACCGUUGAGGGUUUAUACGUUAGUCCCUCACAUCAGACGUGUUGUUCUUGAAUUUUUCCGGGGUUUCAAAGAGAUUAUGCUGGUCACGAUUCUCAUGAUAGUCGUCAUGUUCAUCUUCGCCAGCUUCGGAGUUCAAAUAGUUGGCGGAAAGCUAGCUUCUUGUAACGAUCCCACCAUCAGCAACAGAGAAAAUUGUACUGGAAUCUUCUGGCAAAAAAUAUUUGUGACUCGUCUGGAAGUUCAUGGAAAAAAUGAUGAUGACUUACACCCUCGCAUUUUAGUUCCCAGAGUUUGGACGAAUCCAAGAAACUUCAAUUUUGAUCAUGUUGGAAACGCUAUGCUUGCUUUAUUUGAAACACUUUCUUAUAAAGGUUGGAAUGUCAUUCGGGAUAUUCUGUGGAGCAGACAAGGACCGUGGGCUGUAGUCUUCAUUCAUAUAUAUGUCUUCAUCGGAUGUAUGAUCGGCUUAACAUUGUUUGUCGGUGUUGUUAUCGCAAAUUAUACUGAAAAUCGGGGUACUGCUUUGCUGACCGUUGAUCAAAGAAGAUGGCAUGACUUGAAAGCUCGUUUGAAGAUGGCGCAACCACUUCAUGUACCUCCUAAACCACCUGAGUCAGCAAGAUUGAGAACAUAUUUGUAUGAGCUAACACUGAGCCAUUGGUUCGAAAACCUCUUCAACGUUCUGGUUAUAAUAAACUCACUGACCUUAGUGUUUCCCUGGAAUGUGGAAGAAGAAACGGAACGGCGUACUGAACUCUUUGUAAUUACCACACUGAGUGCUGUCAGCAAUGUUUUCUUUGCAGUAGAGAUCAUCUUGAAAAUAAUUGCUUUUACGCUCUUAGGCUUUUGGCAAUCACGACGUAAUCGAAUUGAUUUGCUAAUAACAAUCUUCGGACUUUUCUGGAUUUUUUUGCAUUUCUUCGUUGCUUUGCCUUCUUCGAAGUUUGAACUUGUACGUGUGACAAACUUGAAAAGGUUCACUUACACAUUUGGAUAUUUGAUUGUUAUCUUACGGUUCUUCACAAUUGCAAGUCGUAAUAGUACAUUGAAAAUGCUGAUGCUAACUGUUGUUAUGAGCAUGUUCCGAUCAUUCUUCAUUAUAACAGCUAUGUUUUUGUUAGUUCUCUUCUACGCCUAUGCAGGAGUUAUUCUUUUUGGGAUGGUUAAAUACGGUCAAGCUGUCAGCAAACAUGUAAACUUUCGAACUGGAUCAGAAGCUUUAGUUGUUCUAUUUCGUAGCAUCACUGGAGAAGAUUGGAAUGACAUAAUGCACGACUGCAUGAGAAGCCCUCCGUUUUGCUACUGGGAGGAAGGUUUGAGUUACUGGGAAACUGAUUGCGGCAACUACUACGGUGCAAUAAUCUAUUUUUGCUCAUUCUAUUUGAUAAUUACUUAUAUCGUUCGUAAUUUGCUAGUCGCUAUCAUUAUGGAGAACUUCUCAUUGUUCUAUUCUAGUGAAGAAGAUGCUCUGCUUAGUUAUAACGAUAUCCGAAACUUCCAGCUUGUUUGGAACACUGUUGACUUAGAACAGAAAAGAGCUAUUCCUGUUGGUCGUGUGAAAUUCCUAUUGAGACUUUUGAAGGGAAGACUAGAAGUUGAUCCAGAGAAAGAUCGUGUGCUAUUUAAACAUAUGUGUUAUGAAAUGGAAAGAUUGCAUAUGGGAGAUGAUGUCUCGUUCCAUGAUGUUUUAUACAUGUUAUCCUAUAGAUCAGUGGAUAUUCGUAAAUCACUUCAACUGGAAGAACUCUUACAGAGAGAAGAACUGGAAUUUAUAAUAGAGGAAGAGGUUGCCAAGCAAACUAUUCGAACAUGGCUGGAGAACUGCUUAAGAAGGAUGCGAAAUCCACAACAGAAGGAAUCUGUUAUCGAGUUCAAUAAAUAUUCUGUUCCGUCAACAACUGGUACCUCUGCAACACAGCAAUAUGAGCCAUCGGAAGUUCCUCGUCUUCGAUUUGGUGUUGAUGAUGGAUAUUCUACAGAUGAGUUAGAAGAAACUACACCAGUUCGAAAGAAGGCAAUCAAGAAUCGAAGAAGCAGCAUACCAGAAGCCUUUUCGUUCCAAACGAGCACAUUGUUCCACGACGCUGCACGGAAGCUUAUGACCAGCAAUAGCGAGAAAAAGUCACAAAGGAGACAAGCUGAAAACGUACAGCUCUUACCAAAGCGAUCAUGUGAACAGAAAAAGUCUAUGAUUCAGAAAAGCUUACAUCUCAAUGUGUAUGAACUGCCUGAUGUGGAGGAAAAAGCGGAAGAUGGUCAAUUUUCUCCUCCAAAACUAAAGGAAGAGCUCGAAAUGCCUUUGAGCCCAUCAACAAAUGCUGCAAUGGUGUCUCCAGUCAACUCUCAACAACCCAGUCCGAGAAUAUUACAAGAGCACGAGUCUGUAGAAGUGUCUGCAUGGUGGUCUGACUUCUCUUAA